CCAACCAUAUGUUCAAUAUCGUCGAUCAGUGCAUCUGAAAAAAUUUAUUGAUUACUUUAUCAGUGAUGACCUUACGGUUUUGUGUGAGAAAUUAUUAAUUUUCGAGCGAAAUCCCUGAGCUUGCCGCACCAAUUUUCCGAUCUUUGGAACAGAAAUACAGUACAAACCUAGAGACAAUGGAUCACAACAACAAAGUGCCGACCGAGCUUGAUGAGUUUCUGCCAACGGAUGGCUCCAAUUUCAAGGACGGGGUCCUGUCAGCAAAAUACAAAGUACAGGUCACCCCGAGAGAUGCCGAAGUCGGGCUCACGGGGAAGCAAUUCAACCCAUUUACUGAACGCAGGCAUCCCAACCCAACCACGGACUGCGAUACCCUCACCCAUCUGCUCAAAGCAUCGCUUGGUACUGGAAUACUGGCAAUGCCAUGUGCGUUCAGAAGUGCUGGAUUACUUGUCGGUGUACUCGCGACAAUAUUUGUUGCAUGGGUUUGCACGCACUGUGCAUACAUUUUAGUAAAAUGCGCCCACGUUUUGUAUCACAAAACGAGGAAGACUGAAAUGAGCUUUGCUGAUAUAGCAGAGGCAUCUCUUCUCCAUGGACCAGCAUGCCUGAAGGGUUUUUCGAAGCCCUCGAGAUACCUCAUUCAAAUAAGUUUAUUCGCAACCUACUUCGGUACCUGCAGUGUAUACGCAGUAAUUGUAGCAGCGAAUUUCCGGGAAAUAAUAAAUCACUACAUGUCUGAAGCUGCGGUCGUUGCCAAUACAACAGCAGACGCCGUCAACUCAACCAUAUCACCACUAGCAACUAGUCCACCAGUUGAUGCCAUUGACGAGAGACUGACAAUAGCGUGCCUUUUACUGCCACUGAUCCUCCUUUCAUGGAUCCCAGAUUUGAAGUAUAUGGCCCCCGUAUCCAUGAUUGCCAAUGUCUUCAUGGCAACUGGUCUGGGCAUCACUUUCUACUACCUCGUUAUUGACUUGCCUUCAGUGAACUCAUUGCCCCUCUCCAAGCCCCUCGUGGAGUUCCCCAAAUUCUUCAGUCUCACGGUUUUCGCUAUGGAGGCGAUUGGAGUUGUUAUGCCACUGGAGAAUCAGAUGAAAACACCCCAGAACUUUGUGGGCGUGUGUGGAGUACUUAGCAAAGGAAUGUCUGGUGUUACUGUUAUUUAUAUUCUUCUGGGAUUCUUGGGAUAUCUCAGGUAUCCAACGUCCACGAAUGGAAUCAUCACUCAGGAUUUGGAUGUCACACUGAUUCCAGCUCAGAUCGUCAAGAUCUCCGUGGCACUCGCAGUAUUUUGCACGUUUGCACUUCAAUUCUAUGUUGUCCUGGACAUCGCCUGGAGUGGCCUCAAGGACCGUUUCACGAAGAAACCUCUGUUGGCUAAUUACAUCCUUAGGACUGGGCUUGUAACUGGCUGUGUAUUAUUAGCAGUAGCUGUACCCACAAUCGCUCCCCUCAUUGGCCUCAUCGGUGCCUUCUGCUUCUCAAUCCUUGGAAUCUUGAUUCCCGUUGGCAUCGAAAUAAUCACAUACUGGGACAUUGGUUUCGGUAAAUACAAUUGGAUGAUCAUGAAGAACGUUGUGAUUGUCUUCAUCGGUAUCAUGGCCCUCAUCUUUGGUUCUAAGGACGCCGUAGAAGGUAUCAUAGAAGCAUACUCACCAGCGCAAAAAUUGUGAAAUGUGGAAAUGUAAUCUGUCAUUUCACUCAUUGACCACAAUUACCCGAGUGGAGCGAUAGGAGUGUCCAACAGUCUGCGUUGAUUCAACGCGAUUGCUGGAUGUCGUUUAUAACGGAUUAGUUUAAAAUUAAAAUUUAGGAUAAUUGAAGACUCUGCGCUCAUGGUAUUAGUUGAUUUUUAGAUUUAUCAUUCAAUUGCGUCAUUGCCAUCGUUUACGAUGAGAAUAUAUUUUUUAUUGACUUGCUGUUGAGCGAAUUUAGGAAAAUUGAUAAGCAUUUUUUAAUUAUAUAAAUAGUACGAGAAAUUGAAUGUUAAUUUGCUAACGCAACGGUAAAGGGCUACUUUCAAUUGACAUUGUAACGAUUAUCGUCAUUUAUGCUUGGGAGAAUCCUCGAGGUGUUCUUCACCGCAAUUAUGACCGAUGAUUUAAUAAUUUAUGAAAUGAAAUAAAGAAAUGGAAAUUAUUGAACCAGCCUGACUAAAAAAAUGUGCAAUAACAUUUUUAAUAAACGGUAGAAUUGUCAGAAAAAAAUAAUUUUUCAUAUUUUUUCCUCAAUUUGUUUAUCCGAGGCGAUUUGUUAAGAUUACACAAUUUUCAUGACUUUACUGAUAAAUUCAGCAUUUAGGAGCAGCACGAUAGAUUGUCUUGCAACUGUUGGCGAUGAUAAACAUUCAAGAGAUGUAAAUUACUGAGAAUAAAAAGCAAUAAGCUUGUAAUUUUAUAUAUGAGGCUUCAAAUUUAUUAACAAAAAUUGAAUUUUAGAGAUGAAAGGGGACUGCCCACUCUCGAAUUAAUGAAAAAAAUCAAUCAAUCCUUUCUGGUAAUCGACACGAAUCUCUGCGCCAAUUGUGUACAUAAUUUUUCUACAAUUUGAAAUUCCUUGGACUUCUUAUCACCGUGACCAUAAAUAAAACAUCGUCAGUUCAAUACAAUGAAAGUAUUAGAUUAUAAGUUCAUGAAGGAUCAGUUAUAUAUUAGCAAAUACUUCAUGUCAAUUGGAUAGUUUUUCUUUCGAUACUUUAAAGUUUUGGAAUUACAUGUUGAAUAUGUUUUAUUUUAUAAUCGUAUAUCAACUUGACCAGUAUUCGAAAUUGAAGAAAAUAAGGUGUAUACUGUGCAGGAGCGAAUACCUAUGACCAAUUUAAUGGUAAUUAUUAGGACUUAAAUGAAAGUUUAUGGUACGCGUGAAACAAAAAAUAUUGUUGUCAGGGGAUUUGUUAAGGAUAAUUUUUAAUAUUAAAAUUAUAGUACGAAGUAA